AUUCUUUCAAAAGGUAAAUUUCUGAAACAGUCUUAAAGUUAAAGAAAAAAAAUUGUUGCGAAAAAAAAUGCACCCCCCCCCCCUUGCUAUUAAUGGUUUGGGAAUUCACAUCGGGUUAGAUGUUCUAUUAAUUUUUUUCUUAUGUCAACAAUAUGGCACCAUUAUGCUAUUACCAAAUAACCAAAGUUGUUUUUAAAUCUGAAAGGUAAUUUAAUCAAGUGUUUAAAGCAUCACGGCAUCUUAAUUCAGGAACAUUGGAUAACCUUAUAUCUUUUCAUCCAGCACAACCCAAGAUCAGUGGAAUUAUCGAAGGACUAAGGCGCUGUCACACGGUGUAAACUUUUCAGCUGCUCAGGAUUACCCAUCGAUCAUGAAGACUAAAGUGCAGGGUCUACUAACCGCUGAUAGCCUUUCCGCUGAAAGGGAAAAAUAGACAUAUCAAUAAAUAGAAAAACCCAAACGGGAACCACGAAUUAACAGUGUAUAAUCAUUCCUUUACCAAAGGGACUAUGAUUUCAACAUUUCCAACAUUUUAGCCAGUGAAUUAGCCAUGUUCAUAUAUGUAUCCUGAUUAACAAGGCCUAGCUGUUUUUACAGAGUUAGUCGGAGGAUAGGACUUUGCAUCUGGUGUUUAGGUAAUAAAUUGCAGUGCAUGCCAUCAUAGGAUAAAAUAGUUGAGAGAGUAGACCAGUAGUGGGGAGAAAUGACAUUGUGUUCCAAUGGUCCAGCAAAUGGCAUCUUGUCGAAACUGGCAUGGCAAGUAAAGAGCAUUUUGAAUAAGAUCAUCAUAGAAAACUUGACAACUUGUCAAAGCCCUCAUGGCAAUUAGUAGAUAGCAUUUUGAACAUUAAGAUUGUCGUCAUGGAAAACCUGAGGAAAAGGUCUGCUAGUGAACUUGAAUCAAAUAAUCAAGUAAUCUCAUCAUCUGACCAAAGCAUGCCUAACAUGGUUGAGGUCGGACCAACAAGUCUUACUGAGAAUGUGAUACAUGUAGCUCCGCCUUUGGCCCUGGUUCGCCCGGAGAAUACAUCUAUUGUUCAAAGGCUAAAGCCAGUGUCUCUAAUCAAUGGAGGCCAAAAUGCAAUGGAAAUUCCAACACAGUCUAUAAAGGGAUUCAACAUGAGCCGUCUACCUUUGCCUACACAAAGUGCUUCUGAUACAGUGUGUGCAAAAAUGAAUAUUAAUGAGUUCUCCAGAACAAUGACUCAACAAAAUUCUCGGGGUGAACAUCAAGUUACUAACCUAGGAGACGUUCGAGAGGCAAUUAGGAAAAGAAAAAAAUUAAAGUUCACCAAGAAAGUUGACAGCUCAAAGAUAAAUCCAGGAAAAACCAACACAAUGAAUAAAGUAACACUUCUUUGUCCAAUUAUUGAUAAGAUCAACCAGCUUGAUAUACCAAAUCAAAAGGGCACCACCACAGUAAAAACCACAGGAACCUGUGAGGAAAAUCUGAGAAAUACAGUUUCAAAUAGUUUUGGAAUUGCUACACCAGUGGCUAUUUACCAAAAUAAGGUUAAUGAAAUGAAUAUGUUGAACCUGAACACAAGGACACUUCCAUCCAAUUCAUGCAAUUCCCAAAGUGAAAAUACUGCACACGAUUUGAACGAACACAGGAUGAUCAUUGAUACCGAAGAUGUUUCAUCAACUGAACCAGCUACAGUGGUAAAAGACGAACCAAACAAACAAGUGAAAGUUGAACCAGGCAUACAUGUGAACUGUGAACCGGACCCACAGGUGUACUGUGAACCUGACACACGGGUGAACAAUGAACAGAACAGACAGGUGAAUAAUGAACUGGAUAUACAGGUGAAAGUCGAACCAGACAUACAGAUGAACUAUGAACCAGACAUUCAGGUGAAUAAUGAACCAGACAGACAGGUGUACAGUGAACCAGACAGACAGGUGUACAAUGAACCAGACACAACCAGUUCUAUGUAUGCAAUGUUCCCAGGUCAGAGAUACCCUUUCUACACUGAACCAGUUCAACAACCAGAUUCAGUUGGUCAAACUCCGAACUCCAGAGCUACAACGGUCAUUACAACGAAUGGAAAGCAAAGGCAUCAUCCUGAUUGUAAAAGGGGCCAGUCAGAGAGGAGAGAAAGGAAAAAGCAAUUGGCCAGAAAACGGUACAAAGAGAAGAUCUUCAUCGGGCCACACAUUGAGAGGUGGAACCGGGUCAAGGAGGAACUGAACUUCUCAUUGAACUAUGAGCUCGCUGGCUACUUGCUAAAACAGUAUGAGACAUGGAAGAAGAUUUCUCAGCAACAACCUCCAUCACAAACAUCCAGCCAUCCUUAUACGACAAGGCCUGAACCCGAUACAAGGCCUGAACCUGAUACUUCAUCAACAGACACAGGAGAAGAAGAAGAAUCAAUGGAUACUGUAGAAGAAGAUGAACAGUAUGAAAAGCAGCAAGAGACCUUUCAGUACCUUCCUCCUUCACCAGUAUUAAGCCAUUCUUAUAUGACAAAGCUGGAGUCUGAUACUUCAUCAACAUUGACUGGGGAAGAAGAUGAAGAGUAUGACGAGUGGGAGAAGAGUUCUCAGUACCUACCUUCAUCAGAUUCUGGAGAAGAAGAUGAGCAGUAUGAAAAGUGGAAAGAAAGCUCUCAGCAGCCAUCAUCUGCAUCAAUGUCCAACCAUCCUUAUAUGACAAGGCAUUCACUGAAAAAGAUCUCGCAGCAUCUACCUUCUGCACAAAGUUCCAGUGUUCCUAAUACAACACAGCCUGAAUCUCAUACUUCAUCAACAGAAGAUGAAGAUAAACAGUAUGCAGAGUGGAAGAAGACCUAUCAGCACCGACCUUCAUCACCAGUACUAAGCCAUCCUUAUACGACAAAGCCUGAACCUGACACUUCAUCAACAGACACAGGAGACGAAGAAUCAAUAGAUACUGUAGAAGAAGAUGAAUAUAAAGGAUAAGAAGAGAUACCAGUUUGUAAAUUCUAACUGACAUCUGGCUAAAAAGUUUUCAGAAUAUAGAUUUUGAGAGAUCAAGUGUUCAACCAACUUAACCCUGUGGCAGGCACAUAACUAGACAUUGCUCUCUUGUACAGUUUGGUGGAACCAUGUUCAAAGAAGCAAACUGUGUUACAUUGCAAAUCUAAUGGCAAUGAAAUUCAAAUAUAUGUGUGCUACCAUUAAAAUAUUCAAUAUGGCAGCUCUCUUUGCACAAAGAGGCUUUUCACAGGAGUCGGAAGUACUUCUGGGUAGUAUGCAGUGUGCAGUAUGGGAAAAUUUUAUUUUCCAGAGACUAUGCAAACUAAAUAAAUGUUGAUUUAAAACCAAAACGAACCAGUGCAAUAGCCAAAAAUGUGACAUAUUUUUCUGCUUGUCACAAUUGAAUUCUAAAAAGCUUUAUGAAAAUAGGUAUUUAUGUACCUGUUCCUUGUAUACAAAGAAAUUAACGAGUGUGCAAGAAGUUGUUAUUUUAUUGAUACAUACCAUAUUGUGUAAAUAAUAGUGGCAGAGAGAGAGAGAGAGAGAGAGAGAGAGAGAGCAGUAUGAACAAGAGGGAGACUCAGCUAAAUGAUAUAUUAGUGAUACAAUUAAUCUGCUUAACUAGAGGUACAUAUAACAGUAACACACUGACACAUAUUAACUUGGACUCUUUAAAAGACCUCCAGUUAAGUUUAGGUCAAAAGGUCAUAGUUAGAAUGCUGUAUAUAACUGUAUAUGUACAUGAAACAGUUGUCAUAUGAAAACUGAUUAUUUUUUCAGUUUUUGCAAUAAAACUAUAUACAUAUAAA